AUGGAAAAGGAAGUCAAAGUCGAAACGUUACAGACACCCUCAAUUGAACCACGGAGUGUUUCCGCCAUCACAAUGGAAGAACCUUGCUGGUAUACUCCGAUUCUACGCUUCCUCGAAACAGGUGAACUACCUCCCGCCAAGGGCGAAGCACAGAAGAUACAAACGAAAGCGCUACAAUAUGAGGUCAACGAUGGUGUCCUAUACCGAAAAUCUUACUUGGGUCCGUUGUUGCGAUGUGUUUCCCCAGUAGAGGCAAAGUACCUCAUCAGUGAAAUUCACGCGGGUUUAUGCGGCAUACACGCCGGACCUCGAGCAGUGGUGGCCAAAAUCCAUAGCGCGGGAUAUUACUGGCCUGGGAUGCACGAAGACGCUGUAACAGAACUAUGA